GUUUUAAACGUGACACCGUUUUAUAUUUGCAGCUACGGUUCUGUUUUCCCAAGUCUUUACUUUGUAUCUCUUCUAGCUUGUCAAUACUUCAGAUUGUCACCAUCUACGAUGCCUCCAACGAUAUUACCACCACGACCUGAUCUUCCGUUCAAACACCAGAAUCCUCAUAUCGCUUCUCUCGACCUCUCUAAAUUGCCUCCUGUUAAAUAUCAGUCGCUGGAUCGCGAUGGCCAUGAGGUUUUGGUGGGGCGCAUGAAGAUUCCUACACCUGGCGGCCAUGCUUUCAUAUUGAGACGUUUUGAUACGGGUGCCAUCAGUCUGACUACUAUGUUCCGGGCCGCCUUCCCCACCGCUUCUGAAGCUGAUGAACGUCGCGAAACUGUCUGGGUAAAGGAUACCUACGAUCUCACUGGGAACAAUGGCUCCGCUAAGGAACCUACCAUAGUGCGUCUUGCAGGAACAUGGGUCAGCGCCGAGGUCGCUCUCCUUCCUGAAUUUGCACACACAUAUGGCUUGGGGGGCGUCAUUCCCCAUGUCGCCAAAGCCACCCCCGACCCCUCUGCAGCCUACCGUCGUUCUUCGACAAAAACGACACCUAAAGCGGUGCCAAGAUCGUCUCCUGCUGCAAGUAGUACACUCCCCACUCCUGCUCCGUCAAUCACACUUCCGACCCCCAAACGCAGGCGGGAAUCUUCUCCUGUACCGGUCGCAGAUCCUGCGCCUUCCACCUUACCUCCUCCACGCCGUUCGGCGCGGACAAAGAGUCCAGCACCAGUACCUGCCUCCCUGCCUGCCAGAUCGCCCGUCAAGCCCAAAUCGCCAGCGCCUCGCUCGCCGGUACGUCGGUCACCGGCACCUAUCUCGCCGGCGAGCAAGUCUCCCAAGCCAAAGUCAUCUGCGCGAGCCGUGCGAAUAAUCGAGGUUACUACUCCGGGGGGGUCUGAUGAGACUGUUGUGGAAGACGAGGCGGAGACAAUUCAAAUUGCGCACCCAAAUAUGUCUCAGGACAUAGCCGAGCAGAAGGAGUUGAUUGAGCGGUUGAAGGCGGAGAGAGAUACACCGUUGAUGGAGACCGACACAUUGAAGCGAGCGAGGGAUGAUGAAGAUGAGAGUACAGAAUUUAGGUUCCAGUUUAAGGAACCAGAAGUGCAAGAAAGGCAAAUUGCAACAAACAAGCGGGUUGGAAGGUUCCAUCUCGAGCCAAGGCAAAAAUCAUUUGCAUGGGGCGUCGCGGCAUUCGCGAUUGGAAUGAGUGCAGUAUCAUUCAUCCCAAAUAUAUUCUGAACGCACAUCUGCUUGUCUUAUCUGUUUUUCUUAUUAUCAGUUCUCGUUUCUGGUGUCAUCCUAACACCUGUACGUCUGCUCCCCUGCGACACAUUUUUUCCCAUCAUGGACCGUCAUAAUGUCCAUUUAUUUACCUUUUCGUAACCAAUUCCGGAUCUUCGGUUGACUUAUGUAGACCGUUUCUAUUGUUAAACGUCGAUUAGGUAGUACUGUAUGCUGGUGAUAUUGGAAUACAUACGCAGAUAACCGAAGGCAAGAAUGGGGUCUGCGCUUUCGUGAAA